UCCGUCGACUGGCGGAAAGUCGGCGGCGUCGCGCCCGUCAAGGACCAGGGCACCUGCGGCUCCUGCUGGGCCUUUGGCACCGUGGCGGCCCUCGAGGGCGCCCUCUUCGUCAAGACGGGCGACCAGCUCACGCUCAGCGAGCAGGCGCUCGUCGACUGCUCGUGGCCCGAGGGCAACAACGGCUGCGACGGCGGCGAGGACAGCAUGGCCUACGAGUGGAUGCUCCACCACCAGGGCGUGCCGUCGACGGCGGAGUACGGGCCCUACCUCAACGCCGACGGGCUCUGCCACGUGAAGGCGGCGAACCCCAAGGCCAUGCCGGGCCUCGAGAUCAAGGCGUGGACGCGCGUCAACGACACGCGCGCCGCGCUCAAGGACGCGCUGUCGACGCGGGGGACCCUGGUCGUGCGCGUCCAGGCCACGCCCCUCAGCUUCUACUUCUACGGCUCCGGCCUCUACGACGUGCCCCACGCCGAGUGCUCGCGCGACGCCGCGGACUCGGACCACAUCGUCGCGCUCGUCGGCUACGGCUACGAGCCCAGCGGCCUCGGCUACUGGAUCCUCCGCAACUCCUGGUCCGUUCACUGGGGCGAGGGCGGCUACAUGAAGAUCGGCAUGGACAACGUCUGCGGCGUCGAGAACACGGCCACGUACCCGACGGUC